GCUCAGUCUCCCUCUCCCCCUCGCCGCAGCAAGGCGCCCGCCCCGCGCCGCGCACGCCGCUUGCAAGCAGCCCGGACGCGACGAGCCGGAGCACGCCGCGCCGCGCGCACGGCAGCGCGUGUGAGUGUGCGCCCGCGCGCGCGCGCGUGUGUGUGUGUGUGUGUGAGAGCUAGAGUUACUGAGUGGCCCCCCGACGGUGCAUGUGGAUAACGCUAUACGGAUACACCACACCGCCGCGGUGCAGAUGACGCCGACCGGAUGCCUGGCGCCAUAACCACCACUCAUCACAAGGAUUACCCCCCGAGACGAACUCUCCGCUGCCUUUGGGCAUGCUUUCGACAAAGAUAACGUUAACAAAAUUAACGGUACAAUUGGCAAAGCCGACGAUGUGAGCCGGCGAGGACGCGCCGACGCCAUGUCCUGAGGCGGGACCCGACGAGCACCAUGGCGACGGCCCCCCAGCACCGCCAGAGGUGGAUCGCGCUCCUGCAGGUCUGGCUGGUGGUGCUGCUCUACCCGGGUGCCCGUGCGGGCCUCCGCCUGCUGCACGUGAGCGUGCCGCCCGUGCUGCUGCGCGGCGAGACGGCCUCGCUGCAGUGCGAGUACGAGCUGGGCGGCGACCGCCUCUACUCGGUACAGUGGUACAAGGACGACGACGAGAUCUACCGCUUCGUGCCCCGGGCCGGCAUGCAGAAGCACUCGUACCUGGUGGACGGCGUGCACGUCGACGUGAGUAUCAACGGCAAAAGGCGAGCGAACACAACGGACGUCGCAUUUUUAGGGUUGGAUAUUUCAUGGCCCCCUAUGCUGAGCUGGAAGCUGCACGCGCUAAAAGCAAUGCCUGAUUUCUUGAGGGAAAAAGCUUUAAAUUAA